AUGUCACCCAGUUUCAUCUUCGACCCUCCCAGUGACGAAGAAAUCGAACUCUCCGAGCACGAAUCUGAUUCGGAAUCAGACCAAGAACAACCUGAAUCACCAUCUCCAUCACAAUCACAAUCAGAAUCAGAGCUAGAAUCAGAAGAAGAUGAAGUCAUAGAACCGCGGGUUUCGAAAAAGAAAACACAGUCUCCAUGGGAUUUCACUAAAUACUCUGAAUCAGUAGCUGAAGAACACGCUCGUAGAAGUACUACCUCAGUAAAUGACAAAAUCUCAGCCGUCAGACAACGUUCAGCGCCGGUCGUUGCGUUGCCGGACUCGGAUGAAGACAGUGCCUCUGACUCUGAGCCUGAUAAACAAGAAGAUUAUAGACCAGAAGAAGAAGAUGAAGAAGAGGGUAAUGCUGGUGACACUAAGUCCUUUUUUGCUCCUUCUGAUGGAGCCUCUUUCAGUGCUGAUUCCUUCUUGCAACUCAAUUUGUCUCGCCCGUUGCUCAGGGCUUGUGAGGCCUUGGGGUAUGCUAAACCAACACCAAUUCAGGCGGCUUGUGUACCAUUAGCAUUGACUGGUCGUGAUAUAUGUGGAAGCGCCAUUACUGGAUCAGGAAAGACAGCUGCUUUUGCACUACCUACUUUAGAGAGGUUGCUGUUUCGUCCAAAACGCGUGUAUGCAAUAAGGGUCCUUAUUCUUACUCCAACCAGAGAGUUGGCUGCCCAAGUUCACAGCAUGAUAGAAAAGCUUGCUCAAUUUACUGACAUAAGGAGUUGUCUGAUUGUCGGUGGUCUGUCAACAAAGGUGCAAGAGGCUGCCUUGAGAUCAAUGCCAGACAUUGUUGUGGCUACUCCAGGACGUAUGAUAGACCAUUUACGCAAUUCUAUGUCGGUGGAUUUGGAUGAUCUUGCUGUUUUAAUCCUCGAUGAAGCUGAUCGUCUUUUGGAGCUUGGAUUUAGUGCUGAAAUUCAGGAACUUGUUCGCGUGUGUCCCAGAAAAAGGCAGACCAUGCUUUUUUCAGCAACCAUGACCGAGGAGGUUGAUGAUCUUAUUAAACUUUCCCUAUCAAAACCACUGCGUCUUUCUGCUGAUCCAUCUGCAAAACGGCCAGCAUCCUUGACUGAGGAGGUGGUUAGAAUAAGAAGAAUGCGUGAAGUCAAUCAGGAAGCAGUUCUUCUUGCAAUGUGUACCAAAACUUUUACUUCUAAAGUGAUCAUUUUCAGUGGAACAAAGCAAGCGGCACAUAGACUAAGGAUUAUAUUUGGAUUAUCUGGAUUGAAAGCUGCUGAGCUUCAUGGAAAUCUUACUCAGGCCCAACGUCUUGAAGCUUUGGAACAGUUCAGGAAGCAACAAGUGGAUUUUUUGGUUGCAACUGAUGUGGCUGCUCGUGGUCUUGACAUUAUCGGUGUUCAAACAGUUAUCAAUUUUGCAUGUCCACGCGAUCUUACCAGCUAUGUUCAUCGAGUGGGUCGUACUGCAAGAGCUGGAAGAGCGGGAUCUGCUGUCACAUUUGUUACUGAUAAUGAUCGGUCACUUCUAAAAUCUAUUGCAAAGAGGGCUGGUUCAAAGCUGAAAAGCCGCAUUGUGGCAGAGCAAUCUAUACUCAAGUGGUCUCAAGUAAUUGAGCAAAUGGAGGAUCAAAUUUCUGAAGUACUUCAAGAAGAGAGGGAAGAAAUGAUCCUAAGGAAAGCUGAAAUGGAGGCCACAAAGGCCGAAAACAUGAUUGCACACAGGGAUGAGAUCUUCUCCCGCCCCAAAAGAACCUGGUUUGUUACAGAGAAGGAGAAGAAGCUUUCAGCUAAAGCAGCAAAGGCAUCCAUGGACAAGGAAAAUGGGUCUUCUCAGAAGAUGGUUAGUGCCCAGGAAGCUGAAGACCUAAAAUUGAAGGAAAAGAGGAAACGGGAGCGAGAGAAAAAUAUGCCUAGAAAGAAACGCAGAAAAUUGGAAGCAGCUAGAGAGAUGUUGGAGGAUGAGGAGCAGGAUGACAAGCCAAAAGGUAAGGGGACAGAUAAGAAUGAAAAGGGUGGAAUGACACUUGCUGAUCUUGCAUACAGACGUGCAAAAGCAGUAAAGGCCGUCAAGAGGGCACUAGAUUCUGGAAAGAUUGUGAAGAAGCCUCAGAAGAAAUCUAAUAAAUCCAAUCCUCGAAAGACUUCCUCUUCAAGGACAGAAGAGAUGCGGGAGCUAUUCCAGACUGACAUGAAGGAUAAAAAGCCAAAACAGAGAGGUUCUGGACUAGGAAAGAAGCCCAAUAAAUCAUUCAAAAGCAAGUCAAGGUACAAAAGGAAGUAG